CUCAGGUGAAAUGGACCAUGGAGGUGCUGUGUUACGGCCUGACGCUCCCGCUGGAUGGAGACACGGUUAAGUUGUGCGUGGACGUCUACACUGACUGGAUAAUGGCCCUGGUGUCUCCGAGAGACUCUAUACCCCAGCCCAUCAUUAAAGAGCCUAACCUCUACGUCCAAACCAUCCUCAAACACUUGCACAACCUUUUCCUGCCCAGACCAGAGCACUUCAGCCUGGUGCACUUUAAAUUGUGUCAGCAAGUGCUGUCUGCCGUGCAGAAGUUGGCACGGGACUCGUCCGGGAUGGCCAGAGAGACCUGGGAGGUGCUGCUGCUCUUCCUGCUGCGCAUCAAUGACACGCUACUGGCCCCGCCCACUGUGGGAGGUGGAAUAGCAGAGAAGCUGGCCGAGAAGUUGAUCAGCGUGCUGUUUGAGGUUUGGUUCCUGGCCUGCACUCGCUGCUUCCCCACGCCGCCCUACUGGAAGACGGCCCGAGAGAUGCUGGCCAACUGGAGACAUCACCCUCCGGUGGUGGAGCAGUGGAGUAAAGUCAUCGCUGCUCUCACUUCCAGGUACUGUAGCCCUGCAUCAUCCCCGUUUAAAGUGCCAGAGGAAGACGCCAGCCUCAUCCCCGCUGAGAUGGACAACGACUGUGUGGCUCAGACGUGGUAUCGAUUUCUGCACAUGCUCAGUAACCCCGUGGACCUGAGCAAUCCCGUCAUAGUGAGUUCCACCCCAAAGUUUCAAGAGCAGUUGUUGGGGGGAAACAGCGUUCCUCAAGAGGUCAUUCAGCACCCCUGCCUCAAACAGCUGCCUCAGAUCUUCUUCAGAGCGAUGAGGGGCGCCAGCUGCCUCGUGGACGCUUUCCUCGGUAUUUCCCGCCCCCGGUCAGACAGUGCUCCGCCCACACCUGUCAAUCGGCUCAGUAUGCCCCUGCCCCCAACGACGACCAACACUACACCCCCUCAUAACCGCAGGCACCGCCCCACCGCUGUUGUCAAGACAACCAGCAAAGCCUCAACGACUGGUCAGACCAAAGUGUCGCACCAGCCGUCAUCCACUUCCCCGCUCUCCAGCCCAAACCAGACGAGCUCAGAGCCGCGGCCGCUACCGGCUCCGACCCGGCCGAAGGUCAACAGUGUGCUGAAUCUGUUUGGCCAGUGGUUGUUUGACGCUGCGCUGGUCCACUGUAAACUCCACUCCGACCUGAGCAGAGACAGCAGCAUGACCGCCCUAGCGACUCAAGCUGGAGUUGAACUGAGACGUAAAGGCUCUCAGAUGUCCACGGACACCAUGGUGUCCAACCCCAUGUUCGACGCCAAUGAGUUUCCUGAUAAUUACGAGUCGGGUCGAGCCGAAGCGUGUGGGACGCUGUGUAGGAUCUUCUGCAGUAAGAAGACUGGAGAGGAGAUACUUGCAGUGUACCUGUCCAGGUUCUACAUGGUCCUCAUCCAGGGUCUUCAGAUAUCGGACUUCAUUUGCAGGCCGGUUUUAGCCAGCAUCAUCCUCAACUCUUCGGCUCUGUUCUGCUCCGAUCUCAAAGGGAUCAAUGUUGUGGUUCCUUACUUCAUAUCUGCUCUGGAGACCAUCCUACCGGAUCGAGAGUUGUCUAAGUUUAAGUCGUAUGUGAACCCCACUGAGCUGAGAAGAGCUUCCAUCCAUAUCCUGCUGUCCAUGCUUCCUCUUCCUCACCACUUUGGCAACGUCAAAUCAGAGGUUCUGUUGGAGGGGAAAUUCAGCAAUGAUGACAACUCCCUUCAUGACAAGGCCGUCACCUUCCUCUCCCUGAAGCUGCGAUUGGUCAAUAUUUUGAUUGGCGCCCUGCAAACAGAGACAGACUCGAUCAAUACACAGAUGAUACUAGCGGCAAUGCUGAAUAUCGUCCAGGAUUCGGCUAAAUUGGAGUCUGUUGGUGCUCAAGCUGAAGUGGGCAGUGUGGAUGGAAGCCAUUCUCUGGCUAAGAGCCACAGUCGUAAUAACAGCGGCAUCAGCAACGCUAGCGCAGGCAGCUCCGAGGCUACGACUCCAGACAGCGAGCGUCCCGCGCAGGCCCUGAUGAGGGACUACGCCCUUGCUGAGCACGAGACUUCUUUCAAAAAUAUAUAUAUAAUAAAAAAUCAUAAUUAUUCCACUUUUGGACCACUUUCCAUAAAAUGCAUGUGUUUUUCUGUCCAGGUGAAGGUGAGCGUGGAGUCGUCGGAUCGUAAGCGUGCCGUUAGCUCCGUGUGCAGUUAUAUCGUGUAUCAGUGCAGUCGUCCCGCUCCUCUUCACUCCAGAGAUCUGCACUCCAUGAUCGUCGCUGCUUUCCACUGCCUGUGCGUCUGGCUCACAGAGCACCCCGACAUGCUCAAUGAGAAGGAUUGUCUGAUCGAGGUGUUGGAAAUCGUCGAGCUCGGCAUCUCGGGCAGCAAGUCCAAAACCGGCGAACAGGAAGUGAAGUACAAAGGUGAUAAAGAGCACAACCCGGCGUCGAUGAGGGUUAAAGACGCUGCCGAGGCCACAUUAUCAUGUAUAAUGCAGGUGUUGGGUGCGUUCCCGUCUCCCAGCGGCCCCGCAUCGCCCUGCAGUUUGCUGAAUGAAGACACGCUGAUCAAAUACUCCCGACUCACCUCCACAUCCCACAGCAACUUCAGAUACUUCGUUCUGGAUAACUCCGUCAUUCUCGCCAUGCUGGAGCAGCCGCUGGGAAACGAGCAGAACCCCAGUCCGUCAGUCACCAUGUUAAUCAGAGGCAUGUCUGGUCGACACGCGUGGACAAUGCAGCUCUUCCAUCAGCCUCGAGGAGCAAGAGCCAAUCAGAAGCAAGUGUUUGUUCCUGAAAGCCGACCAGAUCCCAAAAACGAUGUAGGGAUUCGGUUUAACGUCAAGCACAGGCCGUUCCCAGAAGAAGUGGAUAAGAUUCCGUUCGUGAAAGCCGACCUGAGCAUCCCGGAUCUCCAUGACAUUGUAGAUAAAGAGGUAAAAGAAAGAAGCGUUCAAAAAAUCUGUGCACCUCAUGAUUCAUCUCGCUGCUCGUGAGCCGUGAUGGGAAAGCAGAUCGAUUACGAGACGAAACUGGAGCAUUGUACGGAGGACUUAUGGAGGAACAAACCCUUCCCAGACCCGCUGACAGACUGUAAACCGCCAGCUCCCGCUCAAGAGUUCCAGACGGCCCGCCUCUUCCUCUCGCACUUCGGCUUCCUGUCACUAGAGGCGCUCAAGGAGCCUGGAAACAGUCGACUGCCUCCUCACCUCAUCGCUCUGGACUCAUCCGUGCCGGGCUUUUUCGACGACAUCGGCUACCUGGACCUGUUACCGUCCCGGCCGUGUGACACCGUGUUUAUCUUCUACAUGAAAGCUGGACAGAAGAGCAGCCAAGAGAUCUUGAGGAACGUGGAGUCGUCAGCAAACGUACAGCCACACUUUCUGGAGCUGCUGUUGUCUCUGGGAUGGCCGGUGGAGGUCAGACAGCAUCCGGGAUGGACGGGGAGUGUUGCGGAUGCAGUGUCGUGUGUGUGUGUGUGUGCAGAUGAUUCAGUGACUCUGGGCGACACUGGCGGCGGUGUGUUUAAUGGAGAGAAGCGGGUGCUCUAUUACGCAGACGCUCUGACAGAAAUCGCCUUUGUCGUGCCGUCCCUCGGCGACUCGUCCGCCGAGUCCUCGGAGCACAGCUUCCCGACCGCAGACUCGGACUCUCAGAUGGAGCUGUUACCCAGUUUACUGAAGCAACCCAACCUGACGCUGGAGCUCUUCCCCAACCACUCCGACAACAUGGGACCAGCACAACGGUCCCCGACAGUGAAAAGCAGGAAGUUGCCGGCUGGCAGGACGAUACCGCCGUUAGGACCAGACGCCAAAGUGUUGGUCGUGUGGGUUGAGCGAUACGAUGACAUAGAGAACUUUCCUGUGUCUGAGUUAUUGGCGGAGACGAGCACCGGUGUGGAGACAACCGUCAACAGCAGCGCUUCCAGGUCCAGCUCCUCAGAGAAGGAUGUUCCCAUAAUAUUCAUCCAUCCGCUGAAGACCGGCCUGUUUCGGGUCAAACUGCACGGUGCUCUGGGCAAAUUCAACAUGGUCAUUCCUCUGGUGGACAACAUGGUGGUCAGCAGGAGAUCACUGGGAUUCCUGGUGCGUCAGACUGUAAUAAACGCGUGUCGGAGGAAGCGUCUCGAGAGCGACUCUUACAGCCCGCCACACGUGCGGCGGAAACAGAAAAUCACAGAAAUCGUGAACCGCUACCGUAACAAGCAGCUAGAGCCCGAGUUUUACACCUCGCUGUUCCUGGAGGUCAGAGAGACGAGCCUCAACCCGUAAACCAACACAGACCAACACAAACCAAGGUGGAUUUCAUCUGCGCUGGAGUUGGUGGUUUUGAAUAAUUUUUUUUAUGUCGAUUUGGCCAAAUCCUCGCUCAACUCAAGCUGUUCUCUAUCAGUGCCCACCUGACAGGAUGAUUAUUGGUCCAGAUCUUAAAAUCGAUCCUUUAUGUCUCCUUUGAAUCUCAUAAAAAACCGGUCAUGGUUAUACAGUAUUUCACCCCACAAUAAAUAAAUUAAACACACACACAUAUAUAUAUUACAUAAACAAAAUGAAGCGUGUUUUUAGAGAUUCUUGAUCAUUAAGAGUUUUUGUGACAUUAUUUUCAGCACAUUUCCUCCCCAAAUUGUUAAUACAUAU